AUGAAUGCAUUUGAACGCACUUUAGAAGAAAUGAAAUCAGUCAAGUUGUUAUGUAAAAGGUUAGGAGAGACAACAUAAGAUUAGCUUGAUAGGAUGAUCAAAAUUUUCUAAGCCAUGCCUCAAAAGAUAUACUUUAGCAACUUUUAUCAAAAUCAAUUGUACAAAAAUACUAUGGGAGUAUUUUCUAAAAAAGAUUGGAAUAGUGACCAUGUUGCAAUAAGCGUAAUAGAUUAGGAACUUUAAGCUGAUUGGCCAGAGUUAAUGAUUUAUAUGAAGCCUUUUUUGAUGUUUUACGUUAUUGAUCUACAAGAAGGGCUGAUACCUAUUGAUGAGAUUAAUAAGUAAAAAAGAAAAGUCAAUGAUGAAAAAUUGAUUAGAUUUAUGUUAUUAAAUUGUGGAGUGAAUUCUUUCUAAAAUAUAGAGUAAGAACAAACUUUCAUUAUCAUUCCCCCACUUAGUGAUGAUAAAAUGGUAUACUAUUUAGAAGAUCAAUUGCAAUUAUAUUUAUGCUAAAUCAUUGAGCAUUUUGCAUCAGAAAUCCUGAGAUUGAAAAAUGAUCAAUCCUAAAUUGUUUUGUUUAAUAUGAAAGAGGAAAAGAUUAGUGAUCAAUCCAAAUUGAAAAAGAGAAAACAAGGUAGGCAAAUCAAAAUAAUGGGUGAUCUGGCACUCAUGAUCAAUGAUCCGUAAGAUGCCAUUGAUUAUUACAAGUAAGCCUUAGACAAUUUGAAUAAAAACAAUGAUUAUCUCUGGUGUGGGAUUAUAUAAUAGCAUUUGGCAGCAUCUAAAUCUUCCUUUGACGAAAUCGAGGAACAUUUUAGAGAAUCACUUACAGCUCUUAAAAAGACUAAGUUCAUCAAUUUGGAAAUCGAGUGCUUUUUUAAAUUAAUGCAUUAUCGAAAGGCCUCUAAUGAUAAACUAGGACUGAAUAAGACUAUUGAUUUAUUCACAAAAACCUUUGAUCCUGAAUCCCCAAUUGAAAAGUGCAAAUUUUAUCUGUUUGUUUCAGAUCUUUAUGGUCAGAUACAAAUGAAAAGAAAACAAGCUUAUUUCAUUCGCUUAGCCAGUUUCUAAUUGGCUACAAUCAAUAAAUCAAUGGCUUUAGAACUUUCUAAAAUAUCCAGUUCUAUGUAUGGCCUUAAUUCUUACUUUUCUGAUGAGUCAAGUACUAUAUUUUGGACUUCUCUUUAGCAUAAUUUUGUGCAGGAGAUCUAACAUAAUUUUUAAGGAAUACCAUAUUUCUAACACAACACAUAGAUUUAAAGAAUACAAAUGUUCAAAGCAGAUUUUACUUAACAACAAUUAGAACUUAUGCUCUAAAUCUUAAAGUAAGACUCUGUUAAGCAUGAAUUAAAAUAAAACUAUUUGCUAAUGAUACCAAAAAUAGAAAGAUUUGAAAUAUAACCUUUCAAAGAAAAGUUUAGUUUGAUCAAUAAAGAAGUUAAGACAGAAUCUGCAAGUUAGGAUAUAUUUAUUGUGAAUCCUUGGGCAAAUAAGGAUGCAAAAAAUGAAUUGAAAUACCCUCUCAAUUCAAUUAUUGAAUUAGUAUUGUACAUUUCCAAUGAAUAUUCCUUCGACUUUUAAUUAGAUAAAUUGGUUUUAUAAAUAGAGGGUUGUGAUUGUAUUACUUACCCUAAAGGAAUUAAUUUGCCAGCCAAUACUAAAAAUUGGCCUAUCACCUUUUCGAUUAGACCUCAAUCUGUAGGUUCCUUUAAAAUAGUUGGAAUUAAAGUUCAAUAUUUAAACUAUGAAUACAUUCAUAAAAUCAAUUAAUUUGGCUUUUCUGCACUUCUAUCCCCAGAAAACUAAAAAUAGGAACAAUCCCUUUAUAAUCUGCAUAAUAUCCAAAUAAUAGAAGAUAUCCCAUAUGUCUAGGCAUAAAUAUACAGGGAUUCUACAUUAAUUAAUGAAGUAGAGGCUGUUUAUUUUGAUCCUAGUGAAUUGUUUACUUACUAAUUUAUAAUUAAGAAUAAAGCUGAAAAAUGUAUAUAAAAUCUUGCCUUUGAAAUAAUUAUUGAAUCUGAAGAUCCUCCUAUAUAUGAAUAUAAAUAAAUAAUCUAGAACUUCUGUUUAGACGGAUUUAGUUCUGUGAAUAUUCUACUGAGUGAUUUUUAAAUGGUAAAUCAAAAUAAUUUGAUGCACUUCUAAAUCCCAAAGAUUCCUCACAAGACUCAUCUCAUUAAGAAAAUAUCAUUGAAUCUAUUUCUAUCGUAUAAUGAUGCCUUGUACUAAAGAGAAAUAAAAUUGAAUAGAUUAAUAUCAAUAAGAUAAAGAACUGUAAUUUAGCAAUGUCAAUUUGUCAGCAAAUAUAAAUGCAAUAAUGAGAGUAUCAAUGAAAUAUACGAUUUAUAGGAUAGUUGUUUUUUAAGCAUUUAAAUUGCAAAGAAAGAUUUCUUAAUAAGUCUAGAAUUAUAAUCUUAGAUUUUAAUAGAUGGAUAAUUUAAUGAAAUUCUUAAUGAAGAUUGUGAGUAUUAUGCUUAAGCUCUGAAACUUAGAAAAUUACCAUUAAAUUAAUUAACCAAUCCGGAUUUGAAGGUGAUUUGGAAAAACUUAUAUAAUGGAAUCAUUGGUAUUUUGAAUCCAUUUUAACAUCUCAGCUAAGAGGAUAUCUUCAAACAUUGUUGCAAUGAUUUGAUUGAAAUUGAAUGCAAGGAAUCUAACAGACAGAUAAAUUACAAAUUAACCUUACAUGAAAAGCUGACUUCCAGUAAAAGUGUAAGUGUCGUUAUUAGUCUAACUAAUGAGUGGGUGAAUUCAAAUUGUGCUAAAUCAAUGGUUUCAUCUGUAUAAAAUACUAAUAAUCCAAUUAUCACAGACGGAUUCACAUCAUUCAAUCUUGAAAUUGAUUAAAACAAACAGAUUACAAAGAAUGGUCAAUUGGGUUAUUAUGGAUAAUUGAAUUAAUCAUGUCUUAAGUUCAUUAUUAAUGACUUUGAAAAUAAGAGAUAGUAUAUAAAGAGAUGUGAAAUUAAAUGA